UGCAGAGCUCAGAGAUCAGAGCCUUCUUCUGAGAUUCAUCAACCAACAUCACAAACAGCCUGACAUCAAGCAGACUUUCUCUCCAGUCUCCAGUCUCCAGCUUCAGUCAUGGCGUCUCCUGCUGGCCUCGCAUUCCUGCUGUUGGUGUCGUCUGCCCUCCUCAUCUCCACCGCGAUCGGCCCUGCGUCUGCCGGACAGAUCCAGCUGCAGAAACGGUCUCCAGAGGACUUAAAGAAAAUCAAAGAAGGGGCUACUGCACUGCGCAAGUUUGCUCUUAGCAGAAUUGACACAAUUACUUCAGUAGUCUGCCCUUUUCUGGAACUCAUUCCAGUUUGUGGGCCACUGAUAAGUAGCUUUGUCAAAUUAACAGCGGCAGAAAUAAAAGGAUACACUGAUAUGGACCUUCUCAUGGGUGAAUUUGAAAAACUUAAUACUAAGCUUGACAAAUAUCAUGUAGAGCAGAAGUGGAACAGCUGGGCAAGUGGUGCUUAUUACAAGCCAGAGAAGCAUAUUGACUUAGCGUGGGAUAAGUACACAACUAUGUUGCAGAGUCUUUGGAAGGCAAAAGAUGAUGCAGAAAUGGAGAGGCAUAAGAAGGAUUUUAGGAAAGCCUAUGAAAAGUAUGAGACUGCCACUAAGACAUUACACAAAUUGCUGGUUAAGGAAGGAGUGAGCUUUAGAUAUCCCCUGGGAGAUGCACUGGCUGAACAUGUUAACUGUCAUGAAAAGGAUAUGAGAGCAUACACUGUGUUCAUUUAUAAACUCAUCUACAAAGGCAAUACAAUGAAUGAAUACUACUAUAAACUCAAGAACAUAGAGUCUGAUGCAAGGGCUGAUGAGAUGGCUAGCAUUGCAUACAACAUAUCAUCAGUUAUGCUCCAAGUCCACAUGCAGUGCAUUAAAAACAGCAUGGACUACGUUAAAAAGGAUGUUAAAACACUCAUUGACCAAAAAAAAGCUCGUUCAGAUCUAGCAAAAGAAGUCUGGUCAUUCCUGGUGAAGACGUACGACAGGUACGACUGGAUGGUUGUUGCGUUUAUAACCAAGAAAUCUCAACAUACAAUAGUUAAGUUUCUGAACAGUCACGUCUUGUCAGGAUUUACUCCGGUGGAAGAAGGCAUUGUUACUGUGGCUGUCGCCAGACAGGUGAAAGGGAAACACACAUUGGCACUUAAGGUCAAACAAGCCAUUGGCAGAUGCAUUGAUGAGUCAGUCCUGUGUUACAAGGUAGCAGAGAAACUCGCUAAAUGUAGUGAACUUGUGAAAGGUAAGCCAGUGUCUCAAACUUACACAGCAGUGCACGCCUAUUUAAGAGACGCUCACGACAGCCAGAAUGCACAGAAAGAACAAGAUGAAGACUAUGACGUCAGUGCUGCUCCCGAAGACAGUCCAGAUCUGUACAUUUAUAAGGGCAAGUGUAAGAAAUUUCCAUAUUUCAAAGGCAAGUUUGUAGUUUUGAUUAAAAGUGAUGAAGAAAUAAUGACAAACGAUCCCUGCUCCAAGCUGGACUGUGCUUUGAGAUUGCGACUCAAGAGGUCCCCUCAGCUGCUCCCCAACCUGGGACUUCUGGAAAGCAGUUAG